UAUUUAUUGGAAUUUAAAUAUACAAAUAAUUUGGAAAUGUUAAAGGGAAGGGCUUACCAGAGUUUAGCAAAGACCAAUGCAUUAAGAAGUCGAAAUUUCAGUGGAAUUUCACGAAUUCUUCAAGAAAUUAAAACUCCAAUUGCACCAAAAGUAGAAAAGGAAAAGGGAUUUUCAAUUUUUAAAUUAUUAUUUAAUGUUACACUUUUUGGUACAGUAGCUUAUGGUGGUACAUUAUAUGCUGCAACAAAGAAUGAAAAAGUAUUGGAUUUUGUUAUUGAUAGGCAAUUACCUUAUUAUGAAGAAAUUAUUGAUUUUAUUGAAAAAGGUUCAGUAGAAGAUAUUAAAUCAGGGUUUGAAUCUCUUCAAUCAAAAUUAUUUUCAAUAAAAGUUCCAACAACUCAAGAAAUUACUAAAAGAGGUGAAGAUAUAUAUAAUGCCACUAAACAAACUAUUAAACAUCAAUCAGGUUUUGAUACCACUACUCCUGCUGCUCAACUUCAAAAACCCGUUGAAAUUGAAAGUGUUAAAAAGGAUAUUGAACAUUUACCAUUAAUUAAUAUAAGUGAAAAUGUUGCAUCAUCAGUUGAUAUUAGUCUUAAAAAUACUAUUGAUUCUUUUAAUACAUUAAUUCAAUCAAUUGAUGCAAGUCAAUUAGGUCCUGCUAAAUCUAAUUUUAUAAAAUCUAUAAAUGAUAAUAUUACUGCAUUAUCAACUAAAUUAAAUGCAUUAACUAAUAAAUUUGAAGAAGAAUUACAAAAUAAACUUAAAUCAUCUCAAACUGAAUUAUUAUCUUCUUAUACUAAAAAGGAAUUGGAAUUAACUGAAAAUUUAUUAGAUCAAUUUAAUCAUGAAAAGGCUCAAUUAGAAAAGAAAUUAAAUCAACGUUUAAGUCAAGAAGUUCAAGCUACUAAAGAAGCUAUUUCUCAAGCAGCUGUAAAUGCUGUCUCUAUGGUUCGUAUUGAACAAACCAAAAGUUUUGAAAAAUUAAUUGCUGAUAGAAUUAAUGAAGAAAGAAAUGGUAAAUUAGCUAAUUUAGAAAAAUUAUCGACUAGAAUAAAUGAAUUAGAAAAAUUUGCUGAAGGUUUUGAAAAUCAAUUAGUUGCUAAUCAUAAUAGAUUUAUUCUUCAACAAUCUUUAACAAGAUUAAAAUCAUUAUUAUUUGCUUCAGAAGCUAUUGAUAAUCCAAAAUCAAUUAAACCAUAUGUUGAUAAUUUAACUUCUGCAUCAAAAGUUACUAAUGAUGAAGUAAUAAAUUUAGCAUUAAAAGAAUUAGAACCAUUACUUUCAAAAGAAUCUAAUCAAUCUAUUUUAACUACUGCACAAUUAUUAAGUCGUUGGGAACAACUUGCCCCUGAAUUAAGAUCAGCUUCUUUAUUACCACCAAAUGCUGGAUUAUUAGGUCAUUUAGCUUCAAUUAUAUUUUCAAAAUUAUUAUUACCAGUUAAAGGUAAUAAACCAGAUGGUAAAGAUAUUGAAUCUGUCAUUGCAAGAGUUGAAAAUAGUUUAAUUAAAGGUGAUUUAGAUAUUGCUGUUGAAGAAGUAACUAAUUUAAAGGGAUGGUCAAGAAAAUUAGCUGAUGAUUGGGUAAUUGAAGGUAGAAAGAGACUUGAAGCUGAAUUAUUAAUUAACCUUAUUGAAUCAGAAACCAAAUUAUUGUAAACUUAUUUAUCAUAUAUCAUAUAUCAUUAUAACAUUAUAAAUAUUCAUCUAUUAUAGUUCAUAGUUGAGUUGUAGUUGUAGUUGUUGUAGGACAUUAUACAUCACGUUCUCGCAGUCACGUUCCAUCCACACACUAAAAAAAAUAGUGUGUAAACGGAUUUGGUUUAUAAUUUUUUUUUCAGUUGAACGAGUCUUAGUCCAG